UCACUCCUUCGCCCCCCACUUACCCAAAGCGCAAAUCAACCCUUUUCGCCUGAUCUCAUUGCUUUCUUGAUUUUCUUCAUCCAUCGAUAUGGCAUUCUCGAUUUCCAGUUUUUCAGAUUUGCCUUCCGGUUUCCGAUUCUUUCCGACGGAUGCCGAACUCAUGGUACAUCUCUGGAUCAAGGUUAUCAAAGGAAACUAUCAUUAUCAUCAUCGCUUCAUCUCUGUCCAUGACGUUUACAAGCAAGCACCAUGGAACCUUCCCUGGGAUCGUUCCAACAACAGAUACUUUCAUGGCAUUGAGCGCUUCUUCUUUGUCCAGAGGAAGCCCAUCUCUGGAAAGGACAGCAGGAUGAGGCCCAAACGCACGGUUGAUUCGGGUGAAGGGUGGUGGCACUCCAACACUGAAGAUACGCCAGUUAUGGACGAUGGAGGAAGCGGGACCACCGUCGGUUAUGUUAAGUCUCUAACUUUCUUUGUCAAAGAUGAAGAGAAGCGGAAACAGCAGACAGGGAGGGGUAAUCUGAAACAAGAAGGAACCAAGACGGAUUGGAUUAUGCAUGAGUACGUACUGGAUAAAAAGAACGUCAAAGGAUGGGUUCUUUGUAGGAUUCGGUACAACGGCAAGCAGCCUUUGGUCAUACCGUCUGAUGCUUCUACUUCGACUAUUCAUCCCCCACCACAGAUGUCGUCGCAGUUCUGCGGAGGACCUGAUCCACAGCUGCGGCCAUUGAAGAGACAAAAGACUGGUGUAUCCGUCCAAGAAGUUCAUCAUCAGCUGGAAUCAUAUGCCCCGUUGAUGUUCAACAAGAAUGUUAUUCAAGAAAUGGGAGCAUGGGAGAUUGGUAGUAUGGGAUUGGAAUGGCCAUCAGAACGUGUACAUGAACGAGUAGUGGAAGAAACCCUGGUGGAGGACUUAGUGGAGAUGGGUGGUUCUUUACAGCAGCCAGCAGAGAAGCCCUGGGAAGAAUGCGAUGGAGAAUUUGCGAAGGAAUUGGAAAAUAUGUUGGAGAUGAAUUCGGAGACCUUGGUGGUGAUGAGUCCGUUACAGCAACAGCAACCGGCACAAACCUUUGAAGAAUAUGCGGAAGAAUUGGAAAGUAUUUUGGAGAUAAAUUCAGAGGCCUUGUUGGUGAAUCUAGCACAGCAACAGCCAAUAUUGGAAGAAUGUGAUAUGGAUUUUGCAGCUGAAGCAGAGGCAACGAUGGAGAAGAAGUCAGAUGCAGUGACACAGCCUCAACUAGCCCAGCAACCCCGGAGGUGAAAAUCUUGGAAUAGGCGGUUUGUGAGAAGAGGUGUGCCAAUUAAUGAAUGACAAACAAUUAG